AUGGCCCCUGGGAUGUCACUUUUCUCGGUUCAGGCCAUCCUGAUCCUCAGCACUGAAGAUGGGUCUCGGAUAUUCGCAAAGUACUUCCAGCCACCUCAUUCAGCACCUAAUGCUCCCACAAGCUUCUCAGCCAACCCCUACUCCGAUGUGAAGUCGCAAAAGGCUUUCGAGAAGGGUCUUAUCGACAAGACUGCCAAGCAGAAUGGCGAUAUCAUUCUUUACGAUAACCGAAUUGUGCUGUACAAGAUGGAGUCAGAUGUCAUGAUGUAUGUUGUUGGCAGUGUCGACGAGAACGAGAUUCUGCUAUACAACACCAUUCUCGCUCUGCGGGACUCCCUCCACAUCCUUUUCAAGUCAGUUCCUUUCUUUUUUGAGCCCGCGCAAACCAUUGAAGCACCGCUCACACAGUACUACAGACAAUCCGUUGACAAGAGGACAAUUGUCGAGAACUACGACCUUGUUUCGCUAGCUAUUGAUGAGAUUGUCGACGACGGCAUCAUUCUUGAGACUGAUCCUACUAUCAUCACCCAGCGCGUUAGUCGAGCACCCACUCAAGACAUGCCCGUUGGCCGCAUCGACCUUAGCGAACAGGGCGUCAACAACUUGGCGCAGCUAGGAAAGUCCAAACUGGCGGACUGGCUCCGUCAGGGUCUGUAG